AUGGAAAUUCGUGAACGGUACCGGUUUUUCCUGGAAACUAUUCUGUUUCUUGUCAACAUGCUGAAUUUGGAGAGGGCUACUGAACGUUCUUGUCCUCUUCCGCCGCUCAUUUUAACUUUAGCGGCAUUGCAUUUCCUUGCAACUGGCACACACCACAUUGUGACGGCAGGGCUGCAUGGAAUCUCAAGGUCCAGUGUAUCUAGAGCGGUCAAGCAAUUCACGGACAGCGUGUGUCUACAUCUAAAUGACUUUGUUUUCUUCCCAAAUAUCGAAAAUGUGCAACGGACAGUGCAAAAACAGUUUUACAACAUCGCUGGUUUCCCCCAAGUGGUUGGUGUGGUUGAUGGGACACAUAUCCGUAUUCAAGCGCCUAGCGCCAACGAAGACGAUUAUGUGAACAGAAAGGGAUUUCACUCCCUUAAUGUACAGAUGAUUUGUGAUGCCACUUUUCGGUUUGUUGACGUAGUCGCAAAGUGGCCUGGGAGCAUUCACGAUUCAAGGAUCUUUCGUGAAAGCGCCAUACGUCAGUGCUUUGAAAGAGGUGAAAUCGACGGUCUUCUGCUUGGUGACUCUGGCUAUGGAUGCAAGAGCAAAAAGAUAAGAGAAGGAUCACAGAGGCUGCAGAUCAAGAAAGACAAGUUAAAACAAUAG